AUUUUUCUUUUUUUUUUUUUGAUAAUAAUAAAUUUUAAUCCUAUUAAUAUUUUAUUAAAUUUUUCUAUUAUACUUAUAUUUUUUUUUUUUAAUUUAAUGUAUAAUACGAAUAUAAAAUUUAUAAUUCUAUUAAUAAUUUUAUUUUUUGUUGGAGGAAUAAUAAUUUUUAUUUCCAUGAUUUCUUCCACUAUAAAAUUUAAUAAUAUAACUAAAAUAAAAAAAACUAUUUUAUUAUUUAUAUUUAUAUAUUUUUUCAUAAAUUUAAAUUUUAGAUUUGUUAAUUUUAACUUGAUAAUAAAUUUUUUUAAUAAUUUCAUAGUUCUUUUUUUUUCUAUCAUUUUGAUCUUAUUUAUUUAUAUUUUAAAGUUAUUAUUAUUUAAAAAACAAAAGAAUUUAAAAAUUU